GUGAGAGCGCAUUCGAAACAUUUGGAUGACACGAUCAUGUGCUGUGUGAUGCUGCUGUAGACGCAGUGAAUUUGAGGAGAACCGCCGUCUGGUCUUCAGAGGGUUAAAUUUCCCUUUGAGGGGGAGUUACUGAAUCUGCAGCAACAUCAGAGCGCAUUCCACAGAGCUGCCAACAUCCCGGGAAUAAGACCUUCACCGUCAACAUCUCAGAGCCACAUCCCGGGAAUAUACCGCAGUACCGGACACGCGUCGUCUCUUUUGUCAAGCCGCGUUUUCUCUGCUGGUUCGGAGUAUGCGAGCUCCAGGAUCCGCUCAAUGUCUUAAUCUAGUGCAGGCACUGUUGAUCAUGGUCCACUGCUGAGUCAAGCUGUGGUGCACACACUGCAGAGAGGAGAGCAAGAGGGCUUCAACUGAUCCUGUCUUCACAUUUGUUUUGCACAAGGCUGGCUUUCAAACAUGUCUGCAGAAGUGGAAACCAGCACACCCCCCGUCGAGCAGGCACCUUUUAAGACACCCUCCAAAAAAGAAAAGAAGAAGGCUGCAGCGAGCCCAGAGAAAACAGAUGAGUUACUCCUUGCCAGGUUCAAAGGUAAUGGAGUUCGCUACAAAGCCAAGUUGAUUGGUGUAGAUGAUGUCCCUGAAGCAAGAGGAGAUAAAAUGAGCCAAGACUCCAUGAUAAAACUGAAGGGCAAGGCAGUGGCAGCUCGCUCUGCGGGCAAACACAAGCAGAGAGUCUGGGUGAACAUCUCCCUCGCAGGAAUUACUGUUACUGAUGAGAAAACAGGGGCAAAAAUACUGGAGCAUGCAGUAAAUAAGAUCUCCUUCAUCGCACGGGAUGUCACUGACAGCAGAGCGUUUGGCUACGUGUGCGGUGCGGAGGGCCAGCACCAGUUCUUUGCCAUUAAAACAGCACAGCAGGCAGAGCCUCUUGUCAUUGACCUGAAGGAUCUUUUCCAGUUAAUCUUCAAUAUGAAGAAAAAAGAAGUUGAGGGUUCAAAGAAGGAUGAAAAUAAUAAAGUGAUAGAGAAUGGCAGUGAAGGCUCACACAAUGACAGAAAAGGCGUUGAACAGCUGGACUUGUUUGGAGACAUGUCGACCCCACCUGACUUAAACUCUCCCUCGGAGUCUGAGAACAUCCUGUUGAUGGAUCUGUCCACUGAGAUAGACAGCAAUCAGAACUGUGUUAAAGGAAACCCCUUCACCUCAUCUUCUAUCCACAGAGCCCCGUCCAGCCUCUCGCCUGAGAACCCCUUCUCUUCUCAGCUCAACUUCUUCCCCGCCCCUAUCCAUGACCCGUUCAGUGAUGACCCAUUUUCAAGCGACGACCAAUCAAUCAGGGACUACCCUGCCACAGAAAACCACAGCACUAAUAACUUGUUCAAUGGUGGCCCUAAGAAUGGUGACUCAGACUACUUGGGCCAGCAGUUCGACCAACUCUCCAACAGGACAGUCAUCCAGGCUCUCAGUAAUGGCCACUGGCCUUUAGAUGGCAGAGCUGCAGAAGCCACUAGCCGGACUCAGAAUACUGUCCCAGUUCAAGAGCAGAACGGACAUGGGAAAGUGACUCCUAAUCCGUUUGUCGUAGAUUCGGAGAAGAUGCAGCCAGUGCAGAAUGGAGUGAAGCAUGAGAAUGGAGGCAUGGGUGAGCUACCUGUCAAUCAAACCAAGGAUUCGGUUAUUAUAAGCCCUCCACCACUCAAUAUGAAAGCCGGGAGGGGCAGGAGGAGUGUAAAGUCCCCUUCAAAUGAAAAACUUGAGAUGGAUCUAUUUGUUUCACCAAAUCAAUCAGAAUCACCACCUCCUCAAACCGAAAACUGCCCUCUCAACUCUGUCAGUCUGUUCAGCAGGAGCCCUUCCUCCACUGACGCACUCACAGUUCUUGAAGGGUUGUCUCUACAAGCUCCACCUGCAGUUUCCACUCCUGGAGCGGCUCCGUGGAAUCAGCCCCUCUCGUCCAUCUUCCCCAGCACCAUCAGUGCCUCUCAGCCCUUCACUCAAGUACCUGUUUUCUCCACUUCUCCUGGGCCUGCCUGGGGAACUACUCCUGGAGGUUUUGGAACCUCGACCGCAACCCAACAGCUUCCAUCAUGGAACACUCCUUCAGUCUCCAAUGGAUCCAAUGGAUCCUGGACCCAUCAUACAACCCUGGGGAACCCCUUUCAGACCAGCGUAUUUCCACCCAGCCUUGUGGCCGAUGGACCACAGAGCUCCAGUCCCCCUCCACUGGUUCCACCUCGGGCAGUAGCCACCAAAGAAGCUCCAAAGGUGGACAGUAAUGCUUUUGUGGACCUGGAUCCUCUAGGAGAAAAGGAGAAGAGAGAUGUCAAGGAGAUGUUUAAGGAUUUCCAGAUAGCUAAGCCACCAAACGUGCCAGCAAGGAAAGAGCCAUUGAAGAUUGGAGGUCAGAACCCAUUCGACAACUCCUUUGGAAAAGAUCUGUUUGGCACGUCUGUACCUGCAACUAGUGCUCCUCCCUUAAAGGCAGUGGGCUUAGAUCCUUUCAGAGACCCAUUUGGAAAUCCAUUUGCAUGAUAGCCGGCCACCAAG